UCUUCGAUGUACGGAUAUGGUGUUUUUUUAUAUAUGUUCACUGAUUCCUAUGCGAAUUUAAAAACCGAUUUUCAUAAUUUAUUUAAAUUUUACAAUUAAGCCGUUUCUAUAGCAAAGUAACAGGAAACGUCUUGCUAAUAAUAAAGAACGAAAAAAACUUAGAUGACACGUUUAUACCAUCGAGUAAAACAAAAGAUCGCGUAUUGUAUUUUCCCAUGUUUUUUGUUGACUGAAGUAAUAAAAUAAUGAGUAUUAUUUUCACGUUUUUGAAGUCGAUAUUUUUUUUGUACUAGAAACAGCUAACUAGUCGACCACGAACGUCAUUAUUGUGAUUUAUCACUAGGUGCACAUAAUAUAAAUAUUUUCGGUUGUUAACAGAUGAACAGCGUCGUAUAUACGGGUCGCAGGGAGUUGAGGAUCCCCCCCGCUAUGUCAGCAGCCCCCAACGGCAAGCUUCGCCAUUUCCACACGAAAGUACCAACAGACGAUUCUAUAGGCGAAACAGGGACUCCAAAGGUGAAGAAUUAUACAAUGGCGAAACGACAGGCGGUACUCUCUCACGGCGAAGACGCGCCGAAGAUUUCACACUCGAAAAUAAUGCUAGGAAUGCCCGACAUUGCCUCAACAAUGGUAAAACAAAUGAUUUUUUGUUGUCAUAUAUAUAAGCCAAGCACUGUGAAUAAUGGCGGUCAGACAAGUGAACGCGAGUGUGAAUCGCCGCCGGAGCCGGCCCCACCCGAAGUGCCGCCGCGUGGUCCAUCGUUACACGUCACGUUGCGACAUCGUCCCGUGCCGUGUGAACAGCCCUCGGAACCCGACCGCCUCUAUCUAUCUGAAGGUACGUGA